AUGAGUGGUUUUCAAACAAUUGCUUCAGCGGCAAGUGUGCCGACUCAAAAUCAUUUUCAAUAUCAUCGACAAAAUAGCGUCAGUAGCAUCACACUACCUAACAACGUUAGUAAUAUUGGACUUGCUGGGAUCAAUAAUAAUGCAUCUAUGUAUCAAGUGGCUAAUUCCAGUCAAGGAGAUGACUGGCAAACCUUGUGCGUUCGUGUUUUACCGCUGUUCAAUGGGGAAGGUGUACAAGGUUCCAUCGAAGAUCUUAACGAGCUUUUAAGAUUAGUAGAACAGUGGUCCUUUUUCUUUACUUAUGCUCUUCCAUACUUCGAAGCUGUAUUUUUACCACUAAGAACAGACGUACAAUAUCGGUCACCGGAUGAAGCAGAAAUGUGGGAUGUUCGGACAAUGGCCUUAAGAAGUUUUCGUGAUAACGUGAUUCUUUUACAAACAAAGAGGUUAGAAGAUGUCUUUAACAAAUUGUUUACUGAUUUCGGCUCUUCCCAAAAUCCAGCAGCAACAGCUGCUAAAAUGUUACAGAUGACUUCGCUACUGGCUUCAUCACCAGAUCAUAAUGAGGAGAUAGAAAGAGUUUUAUCGAAUUUAAAAGCUAAUUGGAAGAUAAUGAUGACAAAAGGAGAUCGAAGAGGUUUUGCCGGUUUAAAAAAAAGAUAA